AUUUUUCCUCCAAACAGUUUUUAUUUUCUUCAAAUGGCAUAGAGAAGCUGGAGAGAAAGGAGAGGAAGGGAGGAGGGAUCAUCUACUACUUGGCCGUUCCUUUCGAUAUCGUUGAUUCACCGGGGGGGAGAAGAGAAGAGCGAUGAAAACCUCUCUCAGACGGUUGCGAGGGGUGCUUCACAGGCAUGAAUCUAAGGAUCGGAGAGAUCUCCGAGCUCUUGUUCAGCAUGACGAGCUCGCCCAGGCUUCCCAGGAGGUGCAAGACAUGAGGGAUUGCUACGAUAGCUUGCUCUCUGCUGCCGCUGCUACUGCUAAUAGCGCUUAUGAAUUUUCUGAAUCUUUGCGAGAAUUGGGUGCUUGUCUUCUUGAGAAAACUGCUCUUAAUGACGAUGAAGAAAGUGGUAGAGUGUUGCUCAUGCUGGGAAAAUUGCAGUUUGAACUCCAAAAACUUGUUGAUAAAUAUCGGUCUCAUAUAUUCCAAACGAUCACAAUCCCCUCAGAGUCACUUCUUAAUGAACUCCGCAUAGUUGAGGAAAUGAUGCGGCUUUGUGAUGAGAAAAGGAAUGUUUAUGAAGAGAUGCUUACAAGACAAAGAGAGAAAGGGAGGUCGAAGGGUGGGAAGGGAGAAACGUUUUCGACUCAGCAACUACAAGAAGCUCAUGCUGAAUACGAAAACGAGACAACUUUGUUCGUUUUCCGCUUAAAAUCCUUAAAACAAGGGCAAACACGUAGUCUUUUGACUCAGGCAGCACGGCACCACGCAGCACAGUUAUGCUUCUUCAAGAAGGCUCUUAAUUCCCUUGAAGAAGUUGAGCCACAUGUACAGAUGGUAACUGAGUCGCAGCAUAUUGAUUACCAUUUCAGUGGAUUAGAAGAUGAUGAUGGGGAUGAUGAAGUAGAAAACAAUGACGACGAUGGUUCUGAGGUGCAUACUGAUGGAGAGUUGAGUUUUGAAAAUAGAGAGAAUGACAAGGACACCCAAACGGAUUCUUCACCCGUUCCCUCCUCAGAGUUAGGUCAGUCAGACAUCACAUUUCCACUAGUUGCAGGACCAAAUAUUGCUCAGAAACAUGAGGAAGAAAACUACAGGAAGACUUAUUCUUUUAGGAGAGAUGUUAGGAUAGAGAGCCAAUCAGCACCCCUUUUCUUUGAGAAGCGCGCAACUCUUCCUUCAGAUAAACUGUUACGGAUGCGAUCAUCUCUGACUCGGAAGUUUAGCACUUAUGCAUUGCCGAUACCUGCGGAAACAGCAAGAAGUCCCUCAUCUAUUACUAGUCUUCCUAAUAACAACAAUGUGGCUUCAUCUAACCACCCUGCAAAGGCAAUUACAAAACAGGUAUGGCAUUCAUCCCCAUUGGAUGCUCGUGGACCUGCAAAGUUCUCUUCUAGGCCAAUGCCGGCCUUGAAGGAACAAGUCCUGAGAGAGAGCAACAAGAAUGUAUCUUCUCGGUUGCCUCCGCCUUUAUCAGAUGGACUAUUGUACUCUCGUAUAGGGACACUCAAGAGACGAUCAUUCUCUGGUCCAAUAACAAGUAGACCCUUACCUAACAAGCCUCUGUCUUCAGCGCCUCGUUUAUACUCGGGUCCAAUCCCAAGGAAUCCAGUUUCCAAGUUACCAAAAGUGUCAUCAUUAUCUCCAACUGCUUCGCCUACUUUUGUCUCAACACCGAAAAUAAGCGAGCUCCAUGAGCUUCCUAGACCACCACCACAAAGCAGCUAUGCUAAGUCCUCUAGGGAAUUUGGAUACUCAGCACCUCUGGUUUCAAAGAGCCAAAUAUUGCUUAGUAAACCUCUAACUUCAAGUUCACCAUCUCCUCUCCCAGCACCACCAACUGCAAUCACUCGUAGCUUCUCUAUACCUACUAGCAACCUUAGAGCAGCAGAGUUAGAUAUGUCUAAGACGACGCCCUCGCCUCCAUUAACCCCAAUGUCAUUGACACAUCCACCUCCUUCGGCUCUCCCUGAGCAUGCGGACCACCUAACGAUGUCCAAACAAGAGAGGACAUAAAAGGUGUGUUUAUAGCUCGGCCUAAAAGCUUAUAGGAGGAGGAAGACAUUCCCUGUAGUUGCAGAUAUGUAAAUAUCCUCCUGUUUUGUUCUGAGGAUGAUUGGAGAAAAGAGAGGCAUACAGUAAUAAAUAAUUGCCUGAGUUUAUAUAUAGUGGUCACAGUAGUGUCUGAGUUUCUUCUUUCUGAACUCAACUGUCUGUCAUAUAGGUAUUUUACUCGGUUAAAAGUUUAUAUUCUAAUAAAUUUUUACGAAAGUUUUGGUUUGAUUA